AUGCGAGCCGCCUCGCUGCAGCUCCUCCCGGCCGCCGCCGUUUGCCUGGCCGGGACCGCCGCCGCCGCCUUCCACCAGGCCGUCCCAGCCUACCUCUCGACCGCCUCCGCCUCCGCCCCCGCCGCCGCAAACCUCCCCGACAUCAGCCCGCACAUCAAGGCCUACAACCUCUCCGUCCCCGUCGACCACUUCCACAACGAGUCCAAGUACGCGCCGCACUCGCACGACACCUUCCCGCUGCGGUACUGGCUCGACACCACGCGCUACCGGCCCGGCGGGCCCGUCAUCCUGCUGCACUCGGGCGAGUUCGACAGCACCGGCCGCCUCGCCUACCUGGACCACGGCAUCGUCAAGAUCCUCGCAGAGGCCCUCGGCGGCGUCGGCGUCGUCCUCGAGCACAGAUACUACGGCACCAGCUGGCCGGUGCCGGACGCCAGCGCGGCCAACAUGCGCUUCCUCACCACGGACCAGGCGCUCGCCGACACGGCCUUCUUCGCGCGCCACGCCUCCUUCCCCGGCCUGGAGCACCUCAACCUGACCGCGGGGGAGGCGGCGCCGUGGAUCAUCUACGGCGGGUCGUACGCGGGCGGGCUCGCGGCGCUGGCGCGCAAGCUGUACCCGGACGUCUUCUGGGGCGCCAUCUCCUCGUCGGGCGUCACCGCGGCGGUGGAGCGCUUCUGGCAGUACCACGAGGCGUUCCGCAACUUUGCGCCCGCGGGGUGCUCCGACGCGCAGCAGGCGCUGACCGACAUCAUGGACAGGAUCCUGUUCGGGGAGGACCGCGCGGAGGCGGAGGCGCUGAAGCGCAUGUUCCACCUGGACGGGCUGCGGGACGACGAGUUCGGGUCGGUGGUGAGUGGCGCGCUGGGAGGGCUGCAGGCGACGAACUGGGCGACCGAGGACGACGAGGACGCGCUGGCCUUUUACUGCGCGGCCAUCACGUCGACGGCGCGCCUGUUCGCGAGCACGGCGCACCUGGAGGACAAGGCAAGGCACUUUGCGAGGCUGGGCGGGCGAAGCGGGCGGGACCUGGAGCGGCGGACGGCACAGAUGCUUAACUGGGCGGGCUACGUGCGCAACAUGAACAAGAAGGCGAAGCGGUCCGGCUGCAAGGGCCAGUCCAACGCCGAGUGCUACUCGAACCGCCACGUGCCCGAUGACACGACCGUCACCAACGACAUGUCGCGUCCCUGGCUGUGGCAGACUUGUACAGAAUGGGGUUACUUUCAAAACGGCGAGCACGUCCCCUCCGACCGGCUGCCGCUCCUCUCGCGCGCCGUCACCGUCGAGUACUCGACCGUCAACUGCCGACGCUUCUUCAACAUCACCACCCCGCCGGACGUGGACGCGAUCAACCGCCACGGCGGCUUCGGGAUCAGCUACCCGCGGCUGGCCGUCAUCGACGGCAUGCAGGACCCGUGGCGCGCGGCGACGCCGCACGCGGACGGCCAGCCGGGGCGCGCGUCGACGACGGAGCGGCCGUUCCUGACCAUCGACUGGGGCGUGCACCACUGGGACGAGUUCGGCGCGCGGGAGGGGGCGACGGAGGGCGGACUGCUGCCGCCGCGGCAGGUGGCGGAGAAUCACCGCCGGCAGGUCGAGUUCGUGACGGCCUGGCUGGCGGAGUGGAAGAAGACGCGCAAGGGGGAGGCAGAGGAAGGGUUUGGGGAGCUUUGA